CCCCCGGUGUCACCCCCCGUGUCCCCCCCACCUUGGGGACACCCUUGGGGACACCCCCGUGUCCCCUCCCCAUGGAGAAUUUCCAAAAAGUGGAGAAGAUCGGCGAGGGCACUUACGGCGUGGUGUACAAGGCCCGCAACAAGGUGACAGGAGAGGUGGUGGCACUCAAGAAAAUCCGCCUGGACACGGAGACCGAGGGUGUCCCCAGCACGGCCAUCAGGGAGAUCUCGCUGCUCAAGGAGCUCAACCACCCCAACAUCGUCAAGCUCCUGGAUGUCAUCCACACCGAGAACAAGCUGUACCUGGUGUUCGAGUUCCUGCACCAGGACCUCAAGAAGUUCAUGGACUCCUCGUCCCUCAGCGGGAUCGCGCUGCCCCUCAUCAAGAGUUACCUGUUCCAGCUGCUGCAGGGGCUGGCGUUCUGCCACGCCCACCGGGUGCUGCACCGGGACCUGAAGCCGCAGAACCUGCUCAUCAACGCCGAGGGCUCCAUCAAACUGGCCGACUUCGGGCUGGCCCGCGCCUUCGGGGUGCCCGUCAGGACCUACACACACGAGGUGGUGACGCUCUGGUACCGCGCCCCUGAGAUCCUGCUGGGCUGCAAAUAUUACAGCACGGCCGUGGACAUCUGGAGCCUGGGCUGCAUCUUCGCCGAGAUGAUCACUCGCCGUGCGCUGUUCCCCGGUGACUCGGAGAUCGACCAGCUGUUCCGCAUUUUCCGCACGCUGGGCACUCCGGACGAGGCCGCCUGGCCGGGGGUGUCGGCGCUGCCCGAUUACAAAGCCACCUUCCCCCGCUGGGCCCGCCAGGACCUGGCCAAGGUCCUGCCCCCGCUGGACGACGAGGGACGCAAGCUGCUGGCGCAAAUGCUGCACUACGACCCCAACAAGCGAAUCUCGGCCAAGGCCGCCCUGGGCCACCCCUUCUUCCGCGAUGUCACCCGCGCUGUCCCCCACCUGCGCCUCUGACCCCCCAAAAAAACCCAAAAUCACCCCAAAAAAUCCCCAAAAAACCCC